GGUAACCCUAAGGGGUUUGAAUGAAGGCAACUGGACUUCUUUGGUUUCUUGAAGAUGUUUUGCUUCUCAUCUGAGGAGCUUUGUCAAUUCUGACUGGAAUAUGGGAGGGUCAAGCUUAUAAACUGUAGCAACUAUUGUUGCUCAAAGAGCUGAAACUACUUGUGAAUAACCCUCGAUGAGUCAUUAGCCUCUAUUGUGUGAGAGUCAUUGUAUUGAUAAGAUGCAGGAGGGUCUCUGCACAUAUUACUGUAAUAAGUGUUGUAAGUGCUCCCUGCCGUAAAACACUCAAGAGUGCCAAACACCAGAUAUGACAAUGUAUUUAUUUAUAAACUUACUGUGUAUGACUUGGUUUCGCUAGUCGUCUGGCGCUGAUCCCUAACUGGCAACAACUUUGAAACUCAGCCUCUCGGUUUCACGCUGCUCACUUCCUCCCUCCUGCGCGCGGACAGCACAGCGCUGGAGCUCACGCGACGAACCUUCCGUGCGCAACUUCCUCACCGCGAAGAAGCUCGUAACCCUGACAGAAACACUUGUGAGCCUUGUGACGGUAACACUCGGGAGUACACCUGCUGUGAAAGUGAGCGAAGAGGCGACCAAGAAAUGCUGCUUCGCUGGUUACAGUCACACAGCGGUUGUUAGCCAUCUGUCGGGGCUAGCAUGGACAGAGAGGGUUCAUUUAGGAGGAGCCUUCACAGCAGACUGAGGUUAGGCACCAGCUCGUCCUCCAGCCUGACUGACCUCACGCAGGUGAAAAGUCACACAGGGGGAGGAGGAGAGAAGGGAGGAGCAGCUGGAGGGCUGGCGGAGGAGGUAAGCCGGGACAAAGGGACCCAGCAGAGAAGAGCCGGUGCUAACGCCACCUGGAACAGCAUCUACAAUGCAGUGAUUUCAGUUUUCCAGAGGAAGGACCUGGGAGAAAAUGAGCUUUACACUCUGAACGAAGGUGUCAGGCAGCUGCUGAAAACAGAGCUGGGCUCAUUUUUUACAGAGUACCUCCAGAACCAGCUGCUCACCAAAGGCAUGGUCAUACAGGACAAGAUCCGCUUCUAUGAAGGUCAGAAGCUGUUGGACUCUCUGGCUGACACCUGGGAUUUCUUCUUCUGUGAUGUUCUGUCCAUGCUGCAGGCCAUCUUCUACCCUGUGCAGGGAAAGGAGCCGUCGGUGCGACAGCUGGCUCUUCUCCACUUUAGGGACAUCAUCACCCUGAACCUGAAACUGGACGAGGCGCUGUCUCGACCGCGAGCCAGAGUCCCGCCAUCCAUCAUACAAAUGCUGAUGAUACUGCAGGGUGUCCAUGAAUCUAAAGGUGUAACAGAUGACUAUCUCCGUCUGGAGUCUCUCAUCCAGAAAGUGGUCUCUCCCUACCUCGGGACUCAUGGAUUAUUCUCCAGAGAUGAGCCUUCCAACCAGCACUGCUCAUACUGCCUCUUAGAAAAGCAACUGCAGCAGUCCUGGACCCCCAAACCAAGAAAGUCCCCCGCUGUCAAAAGUCGAGUGGUCCGUUCUAAGAGCUACAACGUUCCCUUGCUAACCCCGGUUGUUGAGAACGACGCCGACCCGUCUGUAGGAGGAGGCACCAGCGUCAGGCGCCACUCCGUCUGUGAGAUGCCGUCUUGUGUGGAGGAGAGCAGUCCCAAGGUCAGAUCUGCUACCAGGACAAAAGACACCAGCGCUACCUCCAGCUCCUCUCCAGCUUCUGCUGCACUAACAGGCAUUGUGUCGUCCUGCCAGGACCCUCAGCCAAAGGAAAUGGACAGAGCGGCAUUGUCUCGCCCUCUUCAUCCGCAGCAUCACUCGCCCUCCAUCCUCCCAGAGCCUUCUCCAUGCGAGGAGGCUCAGAGCGCCGGCUCGCUGGAGUCCGACUCCUCCCCCAAAGCACUGGCACAAGACACGAGCUCUGAUCCCAGCUCGACGUCCAGCAUCGAGAUCAUCACAAUGGACCUGAACAACGAGUCUCUGGAAUCGGAGCAGGAACAUGACGGUAUCUUUGUAGACUUUACACGCCAUCGUCCUGGAAACUCAACACACAGCCGGGACAGCAACAGGCAGAGAGUCGUCUGACACACACACAUCCACACACACACCACUUAUUUAAGACAUAGAUGCUGCUGAGUCAUGAUAGACUUUCCCCUCCUGGUUGCUCUACAUCAUCAGGGAUUCUUUCAAACUGAAUUAUUUUUCUACAUAAUAUUUUAUCACAAAGUAAUCAGGACCAACAUCUUUUUUAAAUCUGAUUUUAACUUCGUGAGUUCUGAAUCUUGGGAAAAACACAGAAGCUGCAGAGACGGAGACCUGCUUAAAUUAUGUUGAUGUGCAAAAACUCAGGCUGAGUCAGACUUUACAUUUCUGAUUAAACAAAAUCAUUUUAAUACUUGUUUAAAAAAACACAAGUUCUUGAAUGUAAAUCUGGUUUAUUGUCAUAAAGCAUUUCCAACUGCA